CACCGUAAAGAAGGAAUACCAAGGCUGCACUUGGCUGCAAACACAAGCAGAAAAUCAAUCAGAACUCCAUCAUGGGCUGCCCCCUCUUGUGGAACGUGUUUGCUGGUUUGAUCCUGGUUCUGCUGUCGAAAGGGUCCUGUGUGCACGGAGCAGAAUUCGGACACCUGCCGGACAACAUUACAGUUUUGGAAGGAGAAAGCGUCACUUUGAGAUGCCGGAUCGACGAGGAGGUGACCCACAAGGCCUGGCUGAAUCGCUCCAACAUCUUGUUCACGGGGACAGACAAGUGGUCGCUGGACAAGCGUGUGACGCUGGUCAACAGUAACAACAGUGACUUCUCCAUCCACAUUGAGAAAGUGCAAGUAACGGACGAGGGGCCCUACACCUGCACCUUCCAGGCCAAUAACAAGCCUCGCAUCGCCCAUGUCUACCUCAUCGUUCAAGUGCCGGCCAGAAUCGUCAACAUCUCAAAAAAUGUGUCAGUGAACGAGGGAGAGAAUGUAAACCUCUACUGUCUGGCAGUGGGCCGGCCUGAGCCCACUGUCACCUGGAAAGACCAGAAAUAUGGGUUGGUGAGUGAGGGGGAGUUUCUAGACAUCACAGAGAUCAAGAGGCAACAGGCCGAGGACUAUGAAUGUAUCACCAACAAUGGAGUGGCUCCGCCCGAUCAGCGCAAGGUCAAGGUCACGGUCAAUUACCCUCCCAUGAUCACAGACAUGAAGAACAUGCCAGCCCAUUUGGGUAAGACAGCCAUCUUGCGCUGUGAAGCCAUGGCAGUCCCACCAGCCUCCUUUGAGUGGUACAGAGAUGACCACAGGCCGGUAGAGAGUGACAACACCCUGAGGAUCAAAAACGAGAAGACGCGUUCGCUGUUGCUGUUCACCAAUGUGACAGAGAAACACUUUGGAAACUACACCUGCUUUGCCUCAAACCGUCUGGGCGCUUCCAACGCCAGCAUGCUGCUGUUUCGACCAGGAGCCAUACAGGGGCGGGGGACCGGUUUACGUGCAGGGCUGAGUGUCGGCGUGUGUGUUUGGGUUUCUCUCUCUGCUGUUCUUCUGCUGAAGGUGUAAAGAUCGAGCUCCA